AUGAAAAACGUGAACAAAUUUGUCUUAUUGUCAUUUCUUGUGAUGAUAAACUACGCAUUGGAGGAUGUUGAUAUGAAAUAACAAAUUGAAUAACUUGAUCGAAACAGAUUUGGUCACACUCUUCUUGAUACAAUUUACUUGUAAUUGCAAACCUAAGAACCGAUUGAAAGAUUAAUGGGAACUUUACAAUAAAUAGAGGAUAGAUAUUAUUAAGAUUAGAAAGAAGAGGAUGUUUCACAUAAGGACUAUCAAGACUCCUGCACUGUGGUAAGAUCUCUAAACAUUCCAUAUAGGAUCUCUAAAAUUUAGAUUAGAAUAUCAAAGUGAGUGACAAUGAGCGCAUUAAGUUGGAAGCAAGAUUGGAAGGUGAACUUUAUCCAAAGAGAGAUAUCUUAUAGAAAUUAAUCGCGCAAAAGCAAGGAGAGCUCAAAGAAUUCAAUGAAGAGUUGAAUGAAUUGGAUCAAUAAAGAGAAGAGGAAAGUGAGGAGUUUGAACAUAAAAUACAUGAACACGAAGAUGUUAUUGCCAUCUUGGUGUAGGCUAGAACACUGUUCACAGAGAAUCUGUAGACACAUGACAACUCCUUCAUUUAGUUGAAUAACAAUGGAAUUGAAUUACUGUAAAAACAUUUCGGAGCAUCCAUCAAAAGAGCAAGUACUUCUUAUUUCAAAUCAAUAUCAUAGGCAAAUUCACUUACAGAACCUCUUGGGGUAAAAUGUUCAAAGCUUUAGCCACUAUUACCUCUAGGGUUCAUUAAUUGUAAGAUUCAGCUCAAGUUGAGAAUGUCAUCUUGCUUAUUGAUUAAUUAUUAGAAUAAGUUCAUGAUUCUAUGGAUCUUGAGAAGUUCUCAGAAGAAAAAAGAGUUCAAGCAUAUGAGAAGACUCGAAAUUUGCUUGUCAUUUCAAUCAACACAACUGAAAGCACUUUGGCAUCCGCAAUAACUGAUUUGGCAAUGUAUUUGAUAUGUAUACAUCUCUAGAGUGAACGAAAUAAUCGAAUAGACUUAAGCCACUCUAGACAAUGUGAAUUAGAGAUUGCAAAUGCUUCAAUAGUCUAGAGAUGAUCGAUUCACUAUUUGCGAAUAAGAGGCUUAGGAUUACUAGGAUUCAAGAUCAUAGAGGUAAUGGUUGAGUCGUUACUCUUAGGGAUUCUGACAGAGAUGUUGUGUCUUAAACCAUUGGGUUACUGAAUAAAUCAUUGAGAACUCUGAAGGAACAAUUGGCAUUGCGAAUGUCAGCGGGAGAAGAAUUUGAAUAUUUUUGAUUAAAAU